UUUCUAAGAGCUCAUCUCUCUGAUCAAGUACCAAGGAGAUAAAUUUUCAUUUUCUCAAAGAAAGGGCAAAAAGUUCUAGCCAGUGGUAUUUACCAUCAUGGAGACCAAGAGCCAUAACAACCCCCAGGAGAGACCCACACGCUCCAGCAACAGGAGGGUUUCGGUGGAAGACAAUGUUUUGUUGAUUAAAGCUGUGACAGAAGGAGACAUUGAGCUGGCCCGCCAAUUGCUGGAAAGAGGAGCUGAUGUCAAUUUCCAGGAAGAGCAAGGAGGCUGGUCGCCUUUGCAUAAUGCAGUACAAAACUGCAGGGAGGACAUCGUGGAGCUUCUGCUCCACCAUGGUGCUGACCCUUGCCUGAGGAAGAGGAAUGGGGCCACUCCCUUCAUCGUUGCUGGGAUUGUGGGAAGUGUGGAGCUGCUCAAACUUUUCCUGUCUAAAGGAGCAGAUGUCAAUGAGUGUGAUUUUCACGGCUACACAGCUUUCAUGGAGGCUGCUGUGUACGGUAUGGUCAACGCCUUAAGAUUCUUGUAUGAGAAUGGGGCAGAGGUGAAUUUGAGUCGAAAGACAAAGAAAGAUCAAGAGAGGCUUAGGAAAGGAGGGGCCACAGCUCUCAUGGAUGCUGCUGAAGAAGGACACGUAGACGUCUUGAAGAUCCUCCUUGAUGAGAUGGGGGCAGAUGUCAAUGCCCGUGACAAUAUGGGCAGAAAUGCUUUGUUCCGUGCUCUUCGGAACUCCGAGAAUAGGAAUGUGGAGGUCGUUACUCGCCUUCUGCUGGACCACGGGGCUGAUGUCAAUGUGAGAGGAGAAGGAGGGAAGACGCCUCUGAUCCUGGCAGUGGAAAAGAAGCACUUGGGUUUGGUGCAGAUGCUUCUGGAACAAGAAUGUAUAGAGAUUAAUGACACAGAUAGCGAGGGCAAAACAGCACUGCUGUUUGCUGUCCAACUCAGACAGAAGGAAAUUGCGCAGUUGCUGUGCGACAAAGGAGCCAGCACGGAUUGUGGGGAUCUUGUUAGGAUAGCGAAGCGCAAUUACGACAAUGACCUUGCAAGUUUUCUUCUCCGUCGUGGAGCCAGAGAAGAUUUUCACCCUCCUGAUGUAGACUGGAAGGCUCAGAGCUCACGUUGGGGGACAGCCCUGGAACAUCUCCAUAGUAUGUACCGCCCUAUGAUUGGCAAACUCAAAAUCUUUAUUGAUGAGGAAUAUAAAAUUGCUGACACUUCUGAAGGGGGCAUCUAUCUGGGGUUCUAUGAAGAGCAGGAAGCAGCUGUGAAGCGAUUCUGUGAAGGCAGCACACGUGGACAAAAGGAAGUGUCCUGUCUGCAGAGCAGUCGAGCGAACAGUAACUUGGUGACAUUCUAUGGGCGUGAGAGCCACAGCGGCUGUCUGUAUGUGUGCCUCGCCCUCUGUGAGCAGACACUGGAGGAGCUCUUGGCCACGCGUGGAGAGGAGGCUGUGGAAAAUGAGGAAGAUGAGUUUGCUCGAAACAUCCUCUUGUCUGUAUUUAAGGCUGUCGAAGAACUCCACCUGUGGUGUGGAUACACUCACCAGGAUCUGCAGCCACAAAACAUCUUAAUAGAUUCCAGGAAUGCUGUUUGCCUGGCAGAUUUUGAUAAAAGCAUCAAGUGGUCUGGCGAGCCACAGGAAAUCAAGAGAGAUCUAAAGGCCCUUGGACUGCUGGUCCUGUAUGUUGUAAGGAAGGGAGCCAUCUGUUUUGAGACGCUGACAACUCAAAGUUAUGAAGAGGUGAUUCGACUUUCUUCAGACGCGGUGACUCAGGACCUCAUUUAUCACCUGUUCUACCCUGGGGAAAAUGUGAAGGACCAUCUGAGUGGCCUGCUGGAUCAUCCCUUCUUUUGGAGUUGGGAGAGCCGCUAUAGGACCCUUAGGAAUGUGGGAAAUGAAUCUGACAUCAAAACGAGAAACGCUGAAAGCAAGAUCCUCCGACUACUGCAACCUGGUGAACGUUCCACAAGUUUUGCCCAGUGGACUCAUGAGAUUGACAGCUGUGUCAUGAAAAAGAUGAAUAAGUUUUAUAAAGAAAGACGCAAUGUCUAUCAGGACACUGUGGGUGAUCUGCUAAAGUUCAUCCGGAACGUUGGAGAACACAUUGAUGAGAAAAGGAAUGAAGAGAUGAAGUCGAGAAUUGGAAUACCUUCCCACUAUUUUCAGAAGAAAUUUCCUGAUCUGAUCAUCUACGUCUAUACGAAACUACAGAACACAGAAUACAGAAAGCAUUUUCCAAAACACAGUUCAAACAAGCCUUGGUGUGAGGGAGGCAGUGGUGGUCAGCACUUGAGUGUUGCUGAGCCCUGA